GCAGGUGUAAGGACCGCCCCUCCAAGGUCCCGCCCCCUCCCCGCCCUGGUACCGCCCCCUUCCCGCCCCGUCCCGGCGGAAGAUGGCGGCCCCCAGCGCGGCGGGGCUGGCCCGGCGGUUGCGGGCCUGGCUGCCCCGGCUGACGCAGGUGAGGUGGAGCCGCUACAACCCCAGUUACUUAGAGCCAGAAGUGAACAAGGAAUUGUAUCAGAAACCUUUUGAGGAGCUGUCAGAGGAGGAGAAGGAAAAAAUGGAGCUUAAGGCUGUUCGACCCAUAAAAGCUGCUCCCCCCACUCUCUCCAGCUCUGUGUUCAGUGACCCGAUGAUCAGUAAAUUCACCAAUAUGAUGAUGAAGAAUGGAAAUAAAGUGCUGGCCAGAAGCCUCAUGUCUCAGACUCUAGAGGCCAUUAAGAGGAAGCAGCUGGAGAAGUACCACAAAGCUCCAGAAGAUGAGAAGGAGGCAAUUGAAUGCAACCCUUACGUCAUUUUCCACCAGGCUCUGAAGAACUGCCAGCCCAUCAUCGGGCUCAGCAGCAUCACCAGAGGAGGCAAAACCUACCAGGUCCCGGUCCCUCUGAAGGACAAUCGGAAGCGUUUCCUGGCCAUGAAGUGGUUAAUCACCGAGUGCAGGGAGAACAAGAAUCGUCGGACACUGAUGCCCGAGAAGCUCUCCCAGGAGCUGCUCCAGGCCUUCAACAACGAAGGGCCCGUCAUCAAGAAGAAGCACGUGCUGCACAAGAUGGCAGAGGCCAACCGGGCUUACGCCCACUUUCGCUGGUGGUAGGGACAGCGCAGGGGACACGAUGCCACCAGCCCAGGGCCACCUGCCGGGGAGAAAGGGGAAGAUCCCUUCCAGGCAGCUUCUGAACUAAACCGGGGAAAGCGCCUCCAAUCCCCACAGAGUUCAUUUCCUUUGUGCUUGUUUGGAUGGGGGAAGGGGAAUCGGAAAGUGUUACUGACCCCUGCACGGAUACUCCAGUUAUUUCAUAAUCACUUUCCUGUGAAGAGAAGCCUCAGAUGUUUUUCUUAGAGCAAUGCUAUACAAAAUAAUCUUCCACUUACCUGUUUCCUGGGGAAAGUCCUGUAUCAGCGAUGGUUUUGGCUGCACAGCUAAAAGCAGAGCUGAAUGCUUUCCCCCCCCACCAUAACCAGCCUUAGUGUGAUUGGUACAAAAGGCAACGAAAGGCUUUUUUUGAUCUUUGGUCCUGGUCAUCGGCAGCAUUAUCUGGACAGAUUUUACGGGAAUGUUAACAGAAGAAAAUAAAACCAGUUUUACGGGGAA